AUUAAUUUUUUUUGUAAAGUCAAAGUGACACCUAACGAUGACAUUAAAUUAUCUGGCGGAAGUUUGCCCGGAACUUUUAAACUCGAAGAGUUUCAUUUUCAUUGGAGAGCGGAACAUUCUUAUUAUGGCGGAUUUAAUCCAUUGGAACUUCACUUCGUUCACAAGAAUGAGAAAUAUUCCACUUUGCAAGAAGCUUUACAAUACAGAGACGGUGUAGCAGUUAUUGCAGUAUUUUUCGAGGUCUCUUACUAUUCUUCGAAAGCCAUAGAUACAAUUGCAAGAGCCAUCGAUAAAGUAGAGUAUGCAAAUCAAGUGGCGAAUAUAUCUUUCGAUUCGUCCCUUAGCGAACUCUUACCGGAAGACGAUUGCGAGUACUUCCGUUACAACGGAUCCUUGACCACUCCCGAAUGUAACGAAGGGGUGACGUGGACUUUGUUAAAGCAUACUAUCGACAUCACCAAAUAUCAACUGUAUGAAUUCCGUACUGGGGUUCGUCAAUCUACGGGAGCAGUUCUCAAAUAUAACUAUCGUCCGAUUCAACCGUUAAAUAAUAGAAUAGUUGAAGUUAACACGGAUUGCUAUUACUGAGAAUUUAUGCUGUGUUAAUGGCCAC